ACUAUUUAAAGACUGCGUAAGUAAUUAAGUGAUAAAGAGGUUAUCGCUAUUUUAGUGUAAUUGACGACUUGCAGUCGAGACGUUACGUUUGAUAGAAUCAUGUGGCACAUUCUAUUCGGUUUGAGUAUAGUGUUUCUAUUUUACUAUUUUACCAUUUUUAUAAAAUGGAGAAAAAACAUAUAUAACGAUAUUGAAAAGAUUCCUGGACCGAAAACUUAUCCCCUUAUUGGAACUUUGUACCAUUUUUUCGGAGCGCAACGACAUGACAUAUAUCGAAUUUUAGCAGAAAUAACGGCUAAGUAUAAACCGUUUUAUCGUAUGUGGAACGCUCGCAUCCCGGAAAUUCAUAUAAUGAAACCUGAUCAUGUAGAGCAAAUAAUGUCGAGUUCCGUUCAAAUUAGGAAAGGAUCGCGUUACCGAUUCGUAAAAAGAUGGUUAGGGGAUGGUUUAUUAUUGAGUGAUGGCGCUAAAUGGCAUCAACGUAGAAAAUUAAUAACCCCUACUUUCCAUUUUAAAAUUCUAGAGAACUUUAUGGACGUGUUUUCAGAAAAUAGUAAUAUUCUAAUUGAUCAUUUAGAAACGAAAUGUGAUGGGGUAGGAUUUGAUGUUUAUCCUUACAUUACACAUUGUACGUUAGAUAUUAUAUGUGAAACAGCAAUGGGGGUCUCCAUAAAUGCUAUGACGGACAGAAAUAGUAAUUACGCUAAAGCAAUAUACAGAACAACUCAAUUGGUUAUCAAAAGAAUAUUCUCAGCUAUACAACAAACACCACUAUAUCCUUUGAUGGAAAGCGGAAAAGCCUUUGAAACAAACUUGAAAAUUAUGCACGACUUCACCGAUAAAGUAAUCAAAGAAAGAAGAAAAUUGUUAAAUGAAAAUCCAUUACCUACUGAAAAUACGAAUGAUGUCGAUUUUACGAUGAAAAAAAAACGCUUAUCUUUCUUAAAUCUUUUAUUAGAUAAAUCUUAUAAUCUUUCCGAUGGUGAUAUUCGUGAGGAAGUGGACACUUUUAUGUUUGCAGGACAUGACACUACUACAGGUGCUAUUUGUUGGAGUUUAUUCGUAUUCGCAAAUAACCCCGACAUACAGGAAAAAGUUUAUGAAGAAGUUAAAAAUGUACUACAUGAUAAAAAAGUACCUACUGCCAUAUCUGAAUUAAACGAAAUGAGAUAUUUGGAGUGUUGUAUUAAAGAAACUUUAAGAUUAUAUCCAAGUGUCCCAAAUAUUGGGAGAAGCAUUGUAGAGGAUAUAACAUUAGAUGGAUAUCGAAUUCCAAAAGGAUCUGAUUGCAUCAUACACAUAUUCGACUCUCAUAGAAAUCCUGAAAUAUUUCCAAACCCCGAAAAGUUUGACCCGGAUAGAUUCUUACCUGAGAAUAGUAUCAAAAGACAUCCCUAUGCUUAUAUCCCAUUUAGCGCUGGACCUAGAAAUUGUAUCGGACAAAAAUUCGCUAUGUACGAAGAAAAAACAUUAUUAGCUUCCAUAAUUCGAUCGUUUAAAAUUCUACCUGUUGAUACAAUGGAUUCAGUAAAAUUGAAGUUUGAGUUAAUUUUACGACCUGUUGAUGGAAUGAAAAUUCGAUUGGAGAAAAGAACUGAUUAAAUGAUAUAAUAGAUGUAAUUUUUUAACAUUAAUAAAUCGAAUUAAUAAAUCGUG